UUCCAAUUUACCCUUCCUCCCUCUUAUUAUUAUCAUAUUAUCUUUAUCUCUUCCCUCUUUAUCCUUCUCGCCCCCCCCUCUCCAAAGGCUGACGUGGAAGUCCGACUUGUUGGAGGCCCUGCUGACGAAGGCGGCCGAGUGUCAGCGGGGAGGGUCGAGGUGCGCUACCUGGGCAUCUGGGGAACCGUGUGCGAUGACGACUUCAGUUUGGAGGAAGGGCAUGUGAUCUGCCGCAUGUUGGACUGGGAGGGCGCCGCCUUCGUCUACAAGAACAACUCCUUCGGGCCGGGCGAGGGGCAGGUGUGGCUCGAUGACGUCAGGUGCCUCGGGUACGAGUCGUCGGUGGCCGACUGCCAGCACCUCCCUUGGGGGCAGAACAACUGUGACCACACGGAGGACGUCGGGUUGCUGUGUUCGAAUACGCCGGCGACGGCGUCCGUCGGGUCAGGUCUAGUGGAUCCGUCAGACAACUCCGUGCCCGACCUACCCUCCCUCCCCCUCACGUGCGGGCGGCGGGAGGUCGAAGACACGCCGACCGCGCCCAUGGAGAGGCCGAAGGUGGUCAGCGGUCACACGCCUCCGCCCGGCGCCCACCCUUGGAUGGUCGCCAUUAAGGUGCGGACAAAGACGGGGCCGUCGCAGUGGUGCGGGGGCGCCAUCCUUGGGGAGGACCACAUACUCACCGCCGCCCACUGCGUCUACAAGUACCCAGCCUCAACAUACAUACUCAAAGUCGGAGAUUACAACAGCCAUGAGGAAGAGGAGGGAGAGCAGCAAUUCGGUGUGUCCUCCAUGACCCUGCACCCGCAGUUCGACAAAGGGCCUUAUCUCAACAACGACAUCGCUAUUCUCACCGUUAAGAGGAAGGAUGGCAAAGGGAUAAGGUUCGGGAGGUACGUGCAGCCCUUGUGCCUCGUGCCACCCGGCUGGAAAUACCCCUCGUAUCUCAAUUGCACGGUUGCAGGGUGGGGCAGCCUCGGUCCCGAAUUAGUACAGUCCGUGAAACACAAAAAUCGUAGAGGACAGCCCAGUCUAGGGUGCCUCCUGCUUGCAGCAGCUACUGCCCGUAAAGGUGAGAAUCACCUAAUGAUACACCUGUGCUUCAAGGAGCACAGGAAGCAAGUUUUUGUUUCCUCGAGUCCACAUCCCUUAACACUGGUGCUCCUAGUGGUGGUAAACGUGGCACAUUAUAUUAAGAUGGAUGGUGUCUUCGCCUCUUCGACAGUCACAGUGUACAAGCUUCAGCAGUUUCGCCCGCCAAUCAUGUCCCCACUUAAAUCCGGCGUGAAAUUCCCAACAAGCAUAUCAGCCUUUGUUCUCAACCAAACGACUGUAAAUAUCCUUUCCUCGUUCUCUCUUCAUCUCGGUCCCCAUACUUCUGUCGCCCUCUUGCCUCAUACAACGGCAGGCAAGGGAGCCAUUCACUCGCUCCUUCAGUCCUAUUCUCAGGCUAAAACUGGAUUGCUUAAUGUUCCGUGUACCGGAGGUUGCAACGACGUCGAAAUGCUCAACACAUGUCAUACGACGGGCGAGGGAGCCAUUUACUCGCUCAUUCAGUCCCAUUCUCAGGCCAAGGAGCAAGCUAUUGCUACUUGGGACAGAGAACAGCGACCCUUUUCUUGGAAUUUGUUGCGCUUGGAGUUUAUUCAACAGGUUUUGCGAUACAAAUCAGCUAAAACUAUAUUCAACAACGUAAAAAGUGGUAUCACAAAUCGACUUGCAGAUACAAAUAAAAAGCAAACUACAAAAGAAGAGCCGAACAGAUUUGAGUUAAGACUUUUGUUUAAAAUUUCCAGGAAAUUUAGACGUGUUCACAAGCUCUCACGUCCCUAUAGUGUGAACGUCUCCCUGAGAGGAAAAAAUGGUAUUAGGGCCAUGGAUGCAGAAUGUAGCGAUAGAGUAGAGUAUGAAGAAGAACGCGGCAUUGGAAGAGAGUGA